AUGGACCCAUUAAGUCCAAUGAAAGGAAUGGGAGUUGAAACAGGUGUUAGGAUUGAUAAUCCGUCAUUACAAUCAGUACAUGGUAUGGAUCACACAACCACUCCUAAUGAAGAUAAAACAAGUCAAAUUCCUAAUGAAAAUGAAAGUGUGAGAGAAGAAAAUAAGGAAAUUGGUGAAGAUGAACCUAGCAGGUGUGAUGUGGAUUCUAUGCCACCAUUGAUCGGACCUGAUACAAAAUAUGAUGAAAACAAGAUGAGGGAGGCCAUAGCUAAUUGGAUACUUAGUACUGAGCAACCGUUUGCUACUGUGGAAGAUGCCAUGUUUGUGAAAAUGAUGAAGACAGCUACUCCAUUGUUUGAGAAAGUAAGCAGAGUUACAAUUACAUCAGACUAUUUUAAGGUAUACGAGCAUGAGAAGAAAAGGUUGAAAGCCCUUACAAAAGUUGCCUCUAAAAUCAGUUUAACAACUGAUUGUUGGAAGUCCUCGCAUCAGAAAAUUGAGUAUAUGGUUAUUACUGCACACUUUGUAGAUCAUAAUUGGAGAUUACAGAAAUAUGUAUUAAGUUUUGAACAUGUUCAUCCUCCUCAUACUACGGUUGAUAUUAUUGAUGGUAUUUACAAGUAUUUGCAAGAGUGGGAAAUUAAAGAUAAGAUUUUCACCAUCUCUGUUGACAACAUAGCUUAUAAUGACAAAGCAUUAAGAAGAUUGAAAGAAAAUUUUUCCCGAGUAAGAAAACUUUCAUGUGGUGGUAUAUUGUUUCGUAUACGGUGUUGUGCACACAUAUUGAAUCUUCUAGUGAAAGAUGGUCUUGCAAUAAUUGAGCAUAUCAUCAGGGAUGUUCGUGAGGGUAUAAAGUAUAUGAACAAUUUGGAGGGUAGAUGUCUAAAUUUUUCAAAAGCUGCACAUCAAAUGCACAUACUUGAUCGGAAACUAAUGCUUGAUGUUCCAACACGAUGGUAUUCAACCUAUGAUAUGUUGUGCAUGACUUUAAAGUUCAAAGAUGCUUUCCCAAGGUAUGUAGAGUAUGAACCACAUUUUCAUCACUUGCCAACUCACGAAGAUUGGGAAAAUGUUCAAAGCGUAUGUGAAAAUUUGAAGUUUUUUAAGGUGUGCACGAAUAUCAUCUCGGGCAGUGAUUAUCCUACUGCUAAUUUAUAUGUAAUUGAGUGUAUAGAGUAA